AUGAAGGUGAUAAACCACUCCACGGAUACCCUAAAAACAGCACUGAUUUCCAACUGUAAGGACUUGGCUGAUAUUUACAAACAGUACACUAAAGAAGAACGCCACUUUUUUGAGGAAGGACUGCAUCCAGGGAAGCCUGGUUCUCUGUUCCAGGCUAUUACAGUGCACUCAGACUCAGACUGGAUCACCUCUCAUCCUGAGGAGCCUCAAGACUUUGAGACCUUUUAUAGAGACCCUCACAGAAAGACACCCAGUGCAAACUGUAGUACGAUUUACAUUCAGACAAUAGGUUCUUUUGGCGACGCAGGACCCCAGACAGAACAGUAUUUGGAAUGGCUUCGAGAGUACUGCCAAGCCUUCUUCUAUGGGCUGCCUGUUCGUUGGUUACCAGCUGUCACAGUCGCACAAACAGGGUGCUCUUUCAGAAUUAACCAUGGCUCACAAAACCUUCAGCUGCUCACGGGUGACUUGCUGCAAUUUUUGUGGAACCGGAAACCAAAAGAUGCUUUUUGUAUUGUUGGAAUCACAAUGAUUGACCUCUUCCCAGAAGAGUCCUGGAAUUUUGUAUUUGGACAAGCAUCUCUCAAUAGGGGGAUUGGUGUUUUCAGCUUUGCCAGGUACGAUGACAACUUCUACAGCAAAAGUUAUGCAGGAAGGUUAAAGAACCAGCGUCCACCAAAGCAAGGAGAUUAUUCUGCCUUUGAUGGGCAUUACACUCCACCCAUUACCAGUACUCUACUGCUGCGAUCCUGCAAGACAAUGACACAUGAAAUUGGACAUAUGUUUGGGAUAAGGCAUUGCCAGUGGCUGAGCUGUGUCAUGCAGGGCUCCAACCAUCUGGCGGAGUCGGACCGUCGACCCCUUGAUCUCUGUCCCAUCUGCUUGCAUAAACUUCAGAUCUCAGUGGGGUUUAAGAUAGCCGAGAGAUACAAGGCGUUACUGCAAUGGAUGGAAGAGGAGCCAAAGCCAACACCAAAGAAGUCUACCUUUGUCAUACCUACUGAAGCCUUUCAUAUGGACAAACUGUGGCUGCGGCGGUGCCAAGACAUACUGGAACUCGAUGAAUGGUAA